CUAUUGGAGAGCCCAUGUACCACACUUUGUAUGAAACCUUCGCUCUGGUAGAUGAGAUAUAUGACAAAGGUUUCUACUUCCACUCAGCCGUGACAGCCUUGUGGGGGGACUUGGCUGUGGUACUUGCAGAGUCUAAGAUACUUCCAUUUUCAUUGGUUACCUACGCCACCUUUAUCAUUGGAGCUCAACAAGAUAUUUUUGAAAAGUAUGGAGAGCUUAUUUCUUCACAAAAUAUUUCAUGGCAAUUCUUUGCUGAUGCUGCUCAGGCUUUUAAUGCAAGUGUUGCCGUCUUCACUGAAUCCCUUAAUACUCUAGAUCUUAACAGUGACCUAGCUGUUCGUCGUGUUAACGAUCAGCUAAUGAUGGUGGAGCGAGCGUUUAUUGAUCCCCUUGGAUUACCCGGACGUCCAGAGUACAAGUAAGUUUCUAUAUAUUAAU